GGUACAGAAAGUAUGACACCUCAUGAUGCAUACUCGUCGUCUAUCGGUGUCCUGGGUUGCAAGGUCAACGUCGACCGGAUAGCCUACUGGCCUAUGCCACCGGACUGCAACAGCAUGUGCAUCAAACUUACCGGCAACAACGGCAAUACUUUGAAUGUCCUCCAUGUCGACGAGUCUGGCGGUGCUUAUGACAUCUCCUACGACGCCUGGAGCCAGCUCAACUGCGGUGUACCCGCCACCGACGGAACAUGCCAGGGCGGUGGUGUCUCGAUGCAGUACGAGUGGGUCGACAACUCAGAGUGCAGCGAUCUCCUGACAGACGGCUCAGGCAAGCUCGCCUUCGCCGCCGCUAACAGCAUGAACUUCAUCUCGUCCUGUCCCUCGGGCACUUGGGUUGGCGACAAUUACGCCCUCUACAACAUCGCCAACCCCACGUGCACCUACGGCUAUGACGAGGUGUGCACCCUUGACGCAGGCGCGAACCAGCCGACGUGCCCUCAUCAGCUCGGAGCGCAGCCUGCCUUGACCUCGGCCCCUGUGUACAACAUCGAGUACCCUUCGGGCCAGAAGCAGCUCGCU